UACAGAUCUACAGUAUGGGGUCCUAAUUUUGGUAUUCGUGCGCCUGCCUGUUUGCCAAAGUCCUGUUAGCCUAGCCGGCUAACACAGAGCCCACUUCCGACACCGGAGUGAACGACAGCAGUCCAUGUUUGUUCCUCGCUUCUUGGUCAAGAUGUCAAGUCCCAACCCUUUAGUGAGACUGCAGCAGCGAGCAGACGAGGCUGACCGCCUCAUCGAGUACCUUAAACAGCAGGUUCAGCUCUUGAAGGGAAAAGCCAUUGCCCAGGCCGGCGUCAAAGAGGAGAAGAAACUGCUAGUGGAAAACGCCAAACUGAAGCAGGACAUCGAUGCACUGAAAAAGCAGCUGCUGGAGAAAGAAAAGAGUAGGGGAGUGCUCGAUGUAGCCGUGCCAUCAGUGGAAGGCGGUGUCCAGUGCCUUUCCCACGCCGCUCCUCCCACGCCUGCGACUGCUGUCCAGAGCCCUCCCCCAAAAGAUGACAACAAAAAGAAGCCGGAGAAAAAAGAGAAGAAGCCGCAGCCAGCCGCAGGUCUGGAGGACAUCAAAGUGGACGUGUCUCGCCUGGACCUGCGCGUGGGACGCAUUUUGACGGCAGAGAAACACCCGGAUGCAGACAGUCUCUAUGUGGAGCAGGUGGAUGUUGGCGAGCCCUCCCCCAGGACCGUGGUCAGCGGGCUGGUCAAGCACAUUCCUCUGGAGCAGAUGCAAAACCGCAUGGCAGUUCUGAUGUGCAACCUUAAGCCGGCCAAGAUGAGAGGAGUGACGUCCCAGGCCAUGGUCAUGUGCGCCAGCUCGCCUGACAAGGUGGAAAUCCUUGACCCACCAGGCGGCGCCGUACCAGGAGAGAGAGUCACCUUCAAUGGCUUCCCAGGUGAACCCGACAAAGAGCUGAACCCCAAGAAGAAAGUGUGGGAACAGAUUCAGCCGGACCUGCGCACAGAUGGCGAGUGUGUGGCAACCUACAAAGGGGCUGCGUUCGAAGUGGCGGGCAAAGGAGUGUGCCGAGCCCAGACCAUGAGCAACAGCGGCAUCAAAUAAAGAAGGCAAGCUGGUGACAAAUUGAAGUAGAUACCUUUUUUGAAAGGCUUCAAUAAAGUGUUUUCAUCU